CUUGGUCAUUGGCAUACAAUUUUUUAAGAAAGAACACACGAAAUGAAGUUAAGAAUUAUCAUAUUGAGUGUUCUCAUUUCGCUGGUUGUGGCAGCCCCGAGUGGCAAGAGUAGAGGAAGAGUGACGACGGAGACUUUGAUAGCAGAUCAUGGCUACCCGUUUGAGGAACAUACAGUCCAAACCUCGGAUGGUUAUGUUCUGACAAUGCAUCGAAUUCCUUACUCUGGCCGAGUUGAAUCUGACGAAGAUGAACCACGCCCAGUCGCCUUCCUCAUGCAUGGAAUCUUGUGCUCUUCCAGUGACUGGGUUCUUCUAGGACCUGAUAACGCACUCGCCUAUCUGCUUUCCGAUGCUGGCUAUGAUGUUUGGCUGGGAAAUGCCCGUGGAAAUACAUACUCUCGAGAGCACGUUAAGCUGAAUCCUUUGUUUGGUAGCUUCUGGAACUUUGACUGGCAUGAAAUCGGCUUGUACGACCUGCCGGCUAUGAUUGACUACAUUCGGUAUUACACGGGCGAGGAUCAAGUUACGUACUUUGGUCAUUCCCAAGGAACUACAUCUUUCUUGCUUUUGAACUCCCUGAAUGAGCGUUUCAAGACCCGCAUAAAGUCCGCCCAUUUAUUAGCCCCAGUGGCAUUUAUGGAAAACAUGGAGUCACCAUUAAUGGAUUUGGUAUCGUUGACACUCGGGGGAAUGAGCAAGGUUCCAGAACUUUUUGGUAAUCUGGAGUUCCUGCCUAGCUCUGCUGUUAUGCGUAUUUUGGGACAAAACACCUGUGCUGAUUCAUCACCAAUUCAGGCGCUAUGUUCGAAUGUACUAUUCCUAAUAGUCGGACAUGAUGCUGAAAAUCUUAAUACUACCUUAUUGCCGGAAAUUUUGGCAACAAACCCAUCUGGAUCCUCAAUAAAUCAGGGUUACCACUAUCUUCAGUUAUUCAGUUCCGGUGAAUUCCGUCAGUUUGACUACGGAAAGGUUCGCAACAAGUUGGUCUAUGGCAAGACAAAGCCUCCAAAGUAUCCCCUUGAGAAUGUCGACGUUCCAAUUUACAUGUACUACAGUGACAAUGACUACAUGGCUUCGGUGGUAGAUGUGCAUCGGUUGAUUAGAGAAUUGCCAGAUUCGACGGUUAAACGUGCCUACAGGGUGCCACACGACAAAUGGAAUCACAUGGAUUUCUUAUGGGGCAUGAAUAUCAGAGAACAAGUUUAUGAUGCAGUUUUAGAAGACGUCAAGUCUGCUAAAUGGGAUUAGAAUCAAUUUAAGCCAAAUAUGAUAAGGUUUCGAUGUAGGGUUUAACUACGUAGUUUGCCAAAUGAUAAUCGGAUCCGGAUGAAACUGAAAAACAAGCCUAAUUACCGUAUGUGAUAUGACAGAUAAAAGAGCGAUAGUGUGUGAUAAAACAGAAGGUGCAAAAUUAAUCAACUGAAUGAUCACCCCAGUGCCAAGGAAUAUUAUAAGCGAUUUGUGUUAGAUAUUUUUAUUUAAUCAAUUGAUUUUUUACCAAAAGAUAAUUAUUAUUAAUUAAGGAAGAGAUAUUGGGUGUUUUUAAGAAACAUUAAGAUUGCUUAAUGUGAAAAUUUUAUGAGCCAUAUUGGUUCACUUAUUUACUUAUGGAAGAAAAAUGUAUUAUUCAAAAAAUUAAUUAUUUAAACAAAUUUAAUCCUCAUUUUAUUAAAUUAAAUAUACAUAUUUUAUAAAAUAAAUAAAUAUUCUUGAAAAAA